AGAUGGCGGCGCCGCCGGCAAAGGCUGUAACCUCGGCCUUGGCGGAGCUCCGGGAGGAGGCUGAGGCCCCAGGCCCGGCCUGGGAUGAGUCUCAGUUGCGUAGCUAUGGUUUCCCGACCCUGCCCAUCCCGCGCCUGAGUCAGAGCGACCCCCGGGCGGAGGAGCUCAUUGAGAAUGAGGAGCCCGUGGUGCUCACCGACACAAAUCUUGUGUACCCUGCGCUGAAAUGGGACCUUGGAUAUCUCCAAGAGAAUAUUGGCAAUGGAGACUUCUCCGUGUACAGCGCUAGCACCCACAAGUUCUUAUACUAUGAUGAGAAGAAGAUGGCUAACUUCCAGAACUUUAAGCCGAGGUCCAACCGGGAGGAAAUGAAAUUUCAUGAGUUUGUUCAGAAACUGCAGGAUAUUCAGCAGCGUGGAGGAGAAGACAGGUUGUAUCUGCAACAAACUCUGAAUGACACUGUGGGUAGGAAGAUUGUCCUGGACUUCUUGGGUUUUAACUGGAACUGGAUUAAUAAACAACAGGUAAAGCGUGGCUGGGGGCAGCUGACCUCUAACCUGCUGCUCAUUGGCAUGGAAGGAAAUGUGACACCUGCUCACUAUGAUGAGCAACAGAACUUCUUUGCUCAGAUAAAAGGCCAUAAACGAUGUAUCUUAUUCCCUCCGGAUCAAUUUGAGUGCCUCUAUCCAUACCCUGUGCAUCACCCGUGUGACAGACAGAGCCAGGUGGACUUUGACAAUCCUGACUACGAGAGGUUCCCCAAUUUUCAAAACGUGGUUGGUUAUGAAACAGUUGUUGGUCCUGGUGAUGUUCUUUACAUCCCAAUGUACUGGUGGCAUCACAUAGAGUCAUUAUUAAACGGGGGGAUUACCAUCACUGUGAACUUCUGGUAUAAGGGGGCUCCCACUCCUAACAGAAUUGAAUAUCCUCUCAAAGCUCAUCAGAAAGUGGCCAUCAUGAGAAACAUUGAGAAAAUGCUUGGAGAAGCCUUGGGGAAUCCACAAGAGGUGGGGCCCUUGUUGAACACAAUGAUCAAGGGGCGAUACAACUAGCCUGCCAGGGGUCAAGGCUUCCUGCCAGGUGCCUGCUAUCCCGUCCACACUGCUUCGUUGAUGAGGACAGGACACUCCAAGCACUAGUAUUGCACGCUGCACUUAAAUGGACUGGACUCUUGCCAUGAUCCUGGAGGCAGGUGUUUGGGGCAAGGCAGGGUAGUUGGUACGCCAAUCCUAUUUUGAAGGAUUUCUCACCCUUGCCUCUUGUGCCCCAACACUUUUCCUUCUCUGCCUCCCGAAAGUCCUGCCUCCAGUGUAUGGAGUCCUAGCUUCUGGUUGUCAUCAUGUCUCUGUGUGUUAGUCUGUCAACCUU